AUGGAGGCGGUGACGGUGGCCGCGGCUUUGGGUUUCCUGCUCUUGGCCGGAGCAGGGAACUCGGCCGGGGACGAGGCUCGGGAGGCGGCGGCCGUGCGGGCCCUCCUGGUACGGCUGCUGGGAUCCGGGCCGGCAGCUAACUUCUCUGUGACGGUGAAGCGCUCUCUGGCGGCGGAGUCCGGCCUGGACACCUACCGCCUGAGCGGCGGCGGCGCAGAAGCUCAAGUGCGGGUGACGGGCUCCACGGGCGUGGCCGCCGCCGCGGGGCUAUACCGCUACCUGCGCGACUUCUGCGGCUGCCACGUGGCCUGGUCCAGCUCCCAGCUGCACCUCCCGCAGCCUCUGCCCGCCGUGCCCCAGGAGCUGACCGAGGCCACACCCAACAGGUACCGCUAUUACCAGAAUGUGUGUACACAAAGCUACUCCUUCGUAUGGUGGGACUGGGCCCGCUGGGAGCAGGAGAUUGACUGGAUGGCGCUGAACGGCAUCAACUUGGCGCUGGCCUGGAGCGGCCAGGAGGCCAUCUGGCAGCGGGUGUAUCUGGCUUUGGGCCUAACUCAGUCAGAGAUUAAUGAGUACUUCACUGGUCCGGCCUUCCUUGCCUGGGAGCGCAUGGGCAACCUGCACAGCUGGGGUGGGCCUCUGCCCCGUUCCUGGCACCUCAAGCAGCUUUACCUUCAGCAUCAGAUUCUGGACCGGAUGCGCUCGUUCGGCAUGAUCCCAGUGCUGCCUGCGUUCGCAGGACAUGUCCCCAAGGCUAUUACUAGGGUAUUCCCUCUGGUCAAUGUCACCCAGAUGGGCAGCUGGGGACACUUCAACUGCUCCUACUCCUGCUCCUUCCUCCUGGCUCCGGGGGACCCCAUGUUCCCCAUUAUUGGGAGUCUCUUCCUGCGGGAGCUGACCAAAGAGUUUGGCACAGACCACAUCUAUGGUGCCGACACUUUCAACGAGAUGCAGCCCCCCUCCUCAGAGCCUGCCUACCUCGCCGCAGCCACUGCUGCUGUAUACCAGGCCAUGACCACAGUAGACCCUGAGGCUGUGUGGCUGCUUCAAGGCUGGCUCUUCCAGCACCAGCCCCAGUUCUGGGGGCCUGCCCAGAUUGGGGCUGUGUUGGGGGCUGUUCCCUGUGGCCGUCUCCUGGUUCUCGACCUGUUUGCUGAGACCCAGCCUGUGUACACCCGCACGGCUUCCUUCCAAGGCCAGCCCUUCAUCUGGUGCAUGUUGCAUAAUUUCGGGGGCAACCACGGCCUGUUUGGAACUCUGGAGGCUGUGAACCAAGGCCCUGCAGUUGCCCGCCUCUUCCCCAACUCCACCAUGGUGGGUACAGGCAUGGCCCCUGAAGGCAUUGGCCAGAAUGAAAUGGUCUACGCCCUCAUGGCUGAACUGGGCUGGCGGAAGGACCCAAUACCAGAUUUAAGGGCCUGGGUGACUAAUUUUGCUGACCGGCGGUAUGGGGGCCACCAGCAGGGUACAGAGGCAGCAUGGAGACUCCUGCUCAGGAGUGUCUACAAUUGCUCUGGCGAGGCCUGCAGUGGGCACAAUCGCAGCCCACUAGUCAAGCGACCGUCCUUACAGAUGAACACCACUGUCUGGUACAACCGAUCAGAUGUAUUUGAGGCCUGGCGGCUGCUGCUAACAACUGCUCCAACCCUGGCCACCACCCCAGCCUUCCGCUAUGACUUGCUGGACGUCACUCGCCAAGCAGCCCAGGAACUGGUCAGCUUGUACUAUGAGGAGGUGAGGACUGCCUACCUCAACAAGGAGCUGGUUCACUUGCUUAGGGCUGGAGGCGUCCUGGUCUAUGAGCUUCUGCCUGCAUUGGAUGAGGUGCUGGCUAGUGACCACCACUUCCUGCUGGGCAGCUGGCUGGAGCAGGCCAGGAUGGCAGCGGUCAGUGAAGCUGAGGCCCACUUCUUUGAGCAGAACAGCCGCUACCAGCUGACCCUGUGGGGACCUGUGGGAAAUAUCCUAGACUACGCUAACAAGCAGUUCGCAGGAUUGGUGGCUGACUACUACACCCCCCGCUGGCAGCUCUUUGUGGGGACAUUGGUUGAGAGCUUAGUCCAAGACGUACCGUUCCAACAACACCAGUUUGAUAAGGAUGUCUUCCAGCUGGAGCAGGCCUUUGUUCUCAGCACAAAGAGAUAUCCUAGCCAGCCGCAAGGUGACACUGUGGACUUGGCUAAGAAACUCUUCCUCAAAUAUUACCCUCAGUGGGUAGCCGGCUCCUUGUGA